ACUUGCACUCAUUAGCUUCGUACCAAACAUCCUAUAAAACCAGCCUCACCCCAUUUGGAAGAUGAAGCCCAAAAUCUCCUCCCACCAUGAAACUCUCAACCCCAGCAGUCCUAGCACCAACCAUUUUGGUCCUUCUACUGCUAAUCCCAGCUACUGAGGCUGCAAUCAAAUGCAGUGAUGUGGUUAAGGCCUUGACGCCAUGCGUCAACUAUCUUAAAAAUGGCAAUGGGACGCCGACAAGCGCUUGUUGCAACGGCGCCAAUAAGCUGAAUUCACUCGCAACAACAUCAUCGGAUAGGCAGACUGUGUGCAGUUGCUUGAAGACAGCAGCACAGAAUAUAAAUCCAAAUGAUGCAGCUGCUAAGGCUCUUCCAGGGAGCUGUGGCAUCACCUUGCCUUCACCUGUAUCCAAGACCGUGGAUUGUUCUAAGAUUAGUUGAAGCUGAAACAACUUCCAGUGUGUGAAGUGCUUCUUUUCUAUUUGGAAUUAAGCCAGCAACUGUUACUAGUUUUUAUCCAUGAUGAUGUUAUCAAAUAAUGCACUUUAUGUGUUGUUCUUUAUAUUAAAUACUUAAUAAUGAGUUGUUUCAGCAUUAGUAUUUAA